UUAUACCAUGCUGGGGUCUGAUGACUUUUUCUAUGUUGGAGGCAGUCCCAGCACAGCAGACCUUCCAGGGUCACCAGUCAGUAACAACUUUAUGGGCUGUCUCAAGAGGACUGGGGAGGGAGGGAUCUCAGAGACCAUUAUGAGGAAUUCAGUUCCUCUUCAGUUUUACAGGGAUUUCCACAGUACAAGUAGUAAUUUUAUUAUCUGCAUUUUUCAGAGAAGGUAUCAGGUUUUGGAGCAGGGCAAGCUGGACAAUGGUGGUGCAACCCAGGGAAAAUCCGGUUGCAUUCAUGUACAUGGAGCUCCUGCCCUCUCACCCAAAACUGAGUCGAAGCUCUUUGUGACUUGGCGGUCUCUCUGGGAGUCUAACAUGGGCUCUCCCUGUUCACCCAACCGUGCCAUCCCAGUCGCUGGACAGCAGCUGAGAAUCAGUUUUGCUCCCAGCUCUGUUGUAUAUAAAAAUAAUGAUGUAAGACUGGAAUUAUCUCGUCUUGCCAAACAAGGAGACCCUAAGAUGAAGAUCCAUGGAGUGGUAGCAUUUAAAUGUGAGAAUGUUGCAACUUUGGACCCAAUCACCUUUGAAACCCCAGAGUCUUUCAUCUCUUUGCCUAAAUGGAACGCAAAGAAAACAGGCUCCAUAUCAUUUGAUUUCCGUACAACAGAGCCAAAUGGCCUCAUCUUAUUUAGCCAUGGCAAGCCAAGACACCAAAAAGAUGCCAAGCACCCUCAGAUGAUAAAGGUUGACUUCUUUGCUAUUGAGAUGCUGGAUGGCCAUCUCUACCUCCUCCUGGACAUGGGGUCAGGUACAAUAAAAAUCAAAGCCCUACAGAAGAAGGUGAAUGAUGGAGAAUGGUAUCAUGUGGACUUCCAGAGAGAUGGACGGUCAGGUACCAUUUCUGUCAACACGCUGCGCACGCCCUAUACUGCUCCUGGCGAGAGCGAGAUUCUGGACCUGGAUGAUGAGUUGUACCUGGGGGGCUUGCCAGAAAAUAAGGCUGGCCUCGUCUUCCCCACCGAGGUGUGGACUGCUCUGCUCAAUUACGGCUACGUGGGCUGCAUUAGAGAUUUGUUCAUUGAUGGCCAGAGCAAAGAUAUCCGGCAAAUGGCUGAAAUUCAAAGUACUGCUGGAGUGAAGCCCUCCUGCUCAAGGGAAACAGCAAAACCGUGCCUUAGCAACCCCUGCAAAAACAAUGGCAUGUGCAGGGAUGGGUGGAACAGAUAUGUCUGUGAUUGUUCCGGAACAGGCUAUCUUGGCAGGUCCUGCGAGAGAGAGGCAACGGUUCUGAGCUACGAUGGGAGUAUGUUUAUGAAAAUCCAGCUCCCGGUGGUGAUGCACACAGAGGCUGAAGAUGUGUCCUUACGGUUCCGAUCACAGCGUGCAUACGGCAUUCUCAUGGCAACCACUUCUAGAGAUUCAGCAGACACCCUCCGCCUGGAGCUGGAUGCAGGGCGUGUGAAACUGACGGUCAAUCUAGAUUGUAUCAGGAUUAACUGUAAUUCCAGCAAAGGUCCCGAGACCCUUUUUGCCGGCUAUAACCUCAAUGAUAACGAAUGGCACACAGUGCGUGUGGUCCGUCGAGGAAAAAGUUUAAAGUUAACCGUGGAUGACCAACAGGCCAUGACAGGUCAAAUGGCAGGCGAUCACACGAGGCUGGAGUUUCAUAACAUAGAGACUGGCAUCAUCACGGAACGUCGGUAUCUGUCUUCUGUGCCCUCCAACUUCAUUGGACACCUGCAAAGCCUGACAUUUAAUGGAAUGGCAUACAUUGACUUGUGUAAAAAUGGUGACAUAGAUUACUGUGAGCUCAAUGCCAGAUUUGGCUUCAGGAACAUCAUAGCAGACCCUGUCACCUUCAAGACCAAAUCAAGUUAUGUUGCCUUAGCUACAUUGCAAGCCUACACUUCUAUGCAUCUUUUUUUCCAGUUCAAGACAACAUCCCUAGAUGGACUAAUACUAUAUAAUAGUGGGGAUGGAAAUGACUUUAUUGUGGUCGAAUUAGUUAAAGGGUACUUACAUUAUGUGUUUGAUUUGGGAAAUGGUGCUAACCUUAUCAAAGGGAGCUCAAAUAAACCUCUCAAUGACAAUCAGUGGCACAAUGUGAUGAUCUCAAGGGACACCAGCAAUCUCCACACUGUCAAAAUUGACACGAAAAUCACAACACAAAUCACUGCGGGAGCCAGGAACUUGGACCUUAAAAGUGACUUAUAUAUAGGAGGAGUGGCUAAAGAAACCUACAAAUCUUUGCCAAAACUCGUCCAUGCCAGAGGUUUUCAAGGCUGCCUGGCCUGUGAUUUAAAUGGACGACUUCCAGACCUCAUCUCAGAUGCUCUUUUCUGCAAUGGACAGAUUGAGAGAGGAUGUGAAGGACCCAGCACAACCUGCCAAGAGGACUCCUGUUCCAAUCAAGGUGUGUGCUUGCAGCAAUGGGAUGGCUUCAGCUGUGACUGUAGUAUGACUUCCUUCAGUGGUCCACUCUGCAAUGACCCUGGGACAACAUAUAUCUUUAGCAAAGGUGGUGGACAAAUCACGUAUAAGUGGCCUCCUAAUGACCGGCCAAGUACACGAGCAGACAGACUGGCCAUAGGGUUUAGCACUGUUCAAAAAGAAGCUGUAUUGGUGCGAGUGGACAGUUCUUCUGGCCUGGGUGACUACCUAGAGCUGCAUAUACACCAAGGAAAAAUUGGAGUUAAAUUUAAUGUUGGGACAGAUGACAUCGCCAUUGAGGAGUCCAAUGCAAUCAUUAACGAUGGGAAAUACCAUGUAGUCCGUUUUACAAGGAGUGGUGGCAAUGCCACAUUACAGGUGGACAGCUGGCCAGUGAUCGAGCGCUACCCUGCAGGGCGUCAGCUCACAAUCUUCAAUAGCCAAGCAACCAUAAUAAUUGGCGGGAAAGAGCAGGGCCAGCCCUUCCAGGGCCAGCUCUCUGGGCUUUACUACAAUGGCUUGAAAGUUCUGAAUAUGGCAGCCGAAAAUGAUGCCAACAUCGCCAUAGUGGGAAAUGUGAGACUUGUUGGUGAAGUGCCUUCCUCAAUGACAACUGAGUCGACAGCCACUGCCAUGCAGUCAGAGAUGUCCACAUCAAUUAUGGAGACCACCACAACCCUAGCUACUAGCACAACUAAGGAAAAGAAAUCUACGGGCACCAUACAGCCUACCACAGAUGACAUCCUUGUGGCCUCAGCAGAAUGUCCCAGCGACGAUGAGGACAUUGACCCCUGUGAGCCGAGCUCAGCUAACCCAACCCGAGCAGGCGGGCGAGAGCCGUACCCAGGCUCAGCGGAAGUGAUUCGGGAGUCCAGCAGCACCACAGGCAUGGUGGUGGGGAUCGUAGCUGCCGCCGCCCUGUGCAUUCUCAUUCUCCUCUAUGCCAUGUACAAGUACAGAAACCGGGAUGAAGGCUCGUAUCAUGUGGAUGAGAGUCGAAACUACAUCAGUAACUCAGCACAGUCCAACGGGGCUGUUGUAAAGGAGAAACAACCCAGCAGUGCGAAAAGCGCCAACAAAAAUAAGAAAAACAAGGAUAAAGAGUAUUACGUCUGAUCCCAAGAUCUUAAAAAAGACCCUUGUAUAGAAAUAGUCUUCAUUUUAUCUGAGACAUAAUAUAAACUUAUUUACUUUCCUUUUUACGAAGCACAUACAAAAGAAGACAGGGAAUGCAAUCAGGAAGGAAAGACUGUUUUUAAAAAAAUAAAAACAAGUAUCUCAUGCUCUUGUUUCUCCAAAAAAGAAAGAAAAACAAAACAAAAACAAAAACAAACAGGGGCCAAUAAAUUCCCUAACAUCCACAGUGUUUUCAUUUACUCUGCCUGUCUUUAUGUUGCUGGAACAUUUCUAAAAGACAGUGAUGACCGCACGCAUUCAUAAAGCAAAGGAGUAUUACAACAUCAAGGCACAACACAAAAACAACGCAACACACAACACACACACAUACACACACACACCAAAAAAAAAAAAAAAAAAAAAAAAAAAGAAGCUACCUAUGAUCCUGGAUUUAGCCAAAGUGCUAGCGCUUUCCUGAGAAGUCAGUUAGCCCGAUUGCCAGAGAAGACGGUGUCAUUUGGAAUGACCCAAACUGCAAACCUUUGGGUUUACCCCCUGGCGCAGCUGGAACAGUGGUUGGAACUUGCAUUUGAAACAAAGUGCUGGCUUUUUUGAAGACUUGUGUAGGAACACAUUCAAAAAGCCCCUUUCUGGUUGUGAGAGAAUAAAAAAGUAUGGAGGCCUUAUUUUCAACAAUGUGAAAUAUAAGGCACAUUUUCACACUAAAAUUUCAAAACAAAC